CUUAUCUAUCCAGUGGGCACGACACGAACAGCGCCUCCUCUCCCACUCUCGGCUUCCCUCCCUCCAAUGCCGCCACCCAUGGCGCUGCCCCUGUCCUCCGCCUCCGCCUCCACCACGCUUCCCACGCUCCCGCCGUUCCGCCCCUGCCCGCCCGCGGCGCUGCGCCUCCCCUCCGUCCGCGCCCGCGCCCGCGCGGUCUCCGCCGGCUACGCGGCGUCCUUCUACGGCGGCUCGGCGGCCGCGACCGGCGGCGCCGAGGACGAGGAGGUCGGCGACGAGGAGGGCUCCGCCUCGGGGUUCGGCUCCGGGCUGGGGCUCGGCGGCGGCGGGCUCGGGAUGUCGGCCGCGGAGGCGGCGCUGGCGCUGGAGGAGCGGGAGAUGCCGCCCUGCCCGCCGGGCCUGCGCCAGUACGAGACCAUGGUCGUGCUGCGGCCCGACAUGUCCGAGGAGGAGCGCCUCGCGCUCAUCCAGCGCUACGAGGAGCUGCUCGUCGCCGGCGGCGCCAUGUACGUGGAGGUCUUCAACCGUGGCGUCAUCCCACUGGCAUACAGCAUCAGGAAGAGGAACAGCCGGACCGGGCUGCCGUCCACCUACUACGACGGCAUAUACCUCCUCGUCACCUACUUCACCAAGCCCGACUCCCUGUCCACCCUGCAGCAGAGGCUCAACGCCGACGAUGACGUCAUCCGGUCAACCAGCUUCAAGGUCCGCCCGCGGAAGGCCUUCUAGAUGGCAGACAGGACUGGACUCAUGGGGCUCAAGAUUUGGUUUCUUGUGGAGUGAAAAGCUUCAGGUUUUGAAUAUUUUGUUCAUAUCAUACAAGAAUUCUGCAGUAUUGCGAGUAGAUGUACGCCUCCUCGGCCAUGGUUGAGAGGGAAAUGGUUAUCCUUUACUGUGCCUGUGUUCUAGAAAUGGAUGUCCUCUUUGUUGCAAGUUAA